UCCUUCUGGAUCCAACUGCUUCUACUACCACGAGUUCCAAUUUCCCUCUCGGUCGGUUCUCCGUUCUCUUCAAUCGCUACGUCUCUCGCGCGUGCGAAUUUCCGCCUCCCUUAAAAACCUCCCCCACUGGAAUCGCAGCGUAGAAAGGGCGGGAAACGGAGCCCUCGCGGCGCGAACUUUCUCUCUCCUCCCUCGCGUCGUGAAACCUUCUUCUUCCUCCCUCGCGGCCGCCUCUGAUCUCUGAUCGCCGGCAUCUAGGGCUGAGCGGAAUUUCUUGCCCGAAUCCAUGUCGGAAGGCGGAGCCCUAGAUAUCCUCCCCCAGAUCCAAGCUCUCGUCUGCGAUAAACUCCAAGUGGUUUCAUACAAGUGGCUUAGUCGCAACUUCUCAGUGUCUUCAAAUCGCGCCAAAAGGUUGCUUCAGGAGUUUGUUGACAAGUAUGGACAUGACUUGGGAGUGAUAUACCAAUUGUCUGGAUGGCUAAAAAGCAAUCCUCAGACAUAUUAUGUAAAACUUGUUUCAGGCCUUAAACUUGCAGAAGUGAAACAAGAAUUUAAAGAUAAUUGUUCAGUUCAGGUUUAUAGUGUCCAAGCUUGCAUCCCAGAGGAUCUUGCACUGCUUUGGAAUGCUGAAUUUGUACAGGCAGAAGAGUUCUUUAAUCAGCCAGUAACUGAAGAAAAUUGCUUGAGGGAUAACAGCUCCUCCUCUAGGUUUUGUAGUAUUUCAACUUCCUUCAUCAGGCGGACUCUUGAUGGGGAACUUGGUGCUGCUCCAGCCCAGCCCAUCAAUGCUAUGGGAGUACCUGUGAAAUCAAAAUUUAAUAGCAUUGUAAAAGAACAGCCUGUUGAACCUCAAAAAGGACAAGUAGGAAAGUUGAGUACCAAGAAUGGAAUGCAGUCUACCAUAGUCACGAGCGAGAAAGUUGAUAAGAUUCCUAUAGAAGGUAUUGAUAAGGGCAAUAAGCCUUCUGUUGUUAAAGAAUCUGGCAUUGCUGUUCGCACCAACAAAACAAAAGGUCAAAGUGAGAAAGCCUUAUGUGGAAGUACUGGAUCACUAGCUAAUUUGUGGGGCCGUGCUUCGGCAAAAUCAAAAUACACUGGUGUUGCUAUAGAGACAACUAAUGAUGUUCCAGACACUGCUGUUACUGCAGAUGCUCAAAUUUGUGCACGUGAAGCAGCAGAUGCUGCCAGCAGUGAUGAUGAUGUCCAUAUUAUAAACUGCAAGAGGGAGUCAAAUGGUGCGAACAGCAGAAAGAGAAGGGUUGUUAUAGAUUUUUCGGAUGAUGAUGAGGAAAAUGUGGUAAGUCUUGCAUCUCCAGAUCUUCCUAAUGGGCAGAAAAAUAAUUUGGAUAUUGAAGAGCAGAAAAGAGACAUCUUGGGGGAUAUUCAAGAAAAUGUCAAAGGGAUAACCUCCAGAUCAUCAUCAGAGGCAGACAUAAGAAGUGAAAGCAAGAACAUGAUUGCAGGAAUCUCCUUGCAACAGAAGACUCAUGACCAUGCCCCAGAAAGGAUCGCAGAUAAAAAUCAGUCAACCAGUACUGCUACCACUUCACCCAAAAGGAAAAAAGUACUAAAGACACGAAUUGAUGAGCGAGGGAGAGAAGUGACUGAGGUUGUUUGGGAGGGGAAAGCUGCUAGCAGUGAUAAUGCUGAUAAGAAUAUAAUGACAAGUGAUGCCGGGAACAGGCCUCCUGUGGCUAAUAAAGCUCAGGUAGGAGGGAGCAGUGGCCCGGCUAUUCCAGUGAGCAAAGGUGGUAACAAGAAAUCAGCAAAAGGUGGUGGGAAGGAUACCAAGCAAGGGAACCUUCUAGCUUUUUUCAAGAAGAUUUGAAUGCAUUUUGUGAGGAGAGAUCCUUUGAGCAAGAUCCUGUUUUGACUACAAAGAAGACAGCUUGCUUCUCAGAUGUAAGGAUUUGAAUCCAAAGAACAUCUCCAUCAGAACAUCAAUUCUGGGGAUAUUUAGUCCUUAAUGUCUAGGCUUAAUAUGCUAUUUUCUUGCUUGAUCCUAUCUAAGCUGGAAAAUCACAAUAUGGAGAUAAUGAGUACAUAUUCUUUGCUUCACUCUAGUAAUCUAUAGCAUGUGAUUCCAAAAGCUUGGACUACGGUGUUCAUGUAGAUUUACCUUCGGGACAAUGGGAUGCUCCUUUUUCUUUGUUCUUUGGACUUA